AUGGCCAAAGUACCGCGCAACUUUAGGCUUCUUGAAGAGCUGGAAAAGGGCGAGAAGGGCAUCGGCGACGGAAGCUGCUCUUACGGAAUGGCCGACGGCGAUGAUCUGACGAUGACCAACUGGAACGCCACAAUCAUCGGCCCGGGCCACUCGGUCUUUGAGAACCGCAUCUACUCGCUCAAGAUCCACUGUGGUCCCAGCUAUCCGGACAAGGCACCCGAGGUCAGCUUCUUGACCAAGAUCAACUUGCCUUGCGUCAAGGCCGAUGGAAAGGUUGAUGCAUCGGCGCUUCCCAUCUUUGCCAACUGGAACCGCGACAACACGAUCGAGACAAUCCUGCUGUCGCUGAGGCGUGAGAUGGCCUCGUCGAGCAACCGAAAGCUUCCUCAACCGGCCGAGGGGACCGCCUACUAG